UAUCGGUUCUGGCUAUAGAGACGAAGCGAGCACACGACGACUCGAGCAAGCGGCGCGGCGGCGUGGGGCGACCACGGAGCGGCAUGGCGCAACUGUGGGGCGGCGUGGGCCACUGCAGAGAGGUGACAACGGUUGGAGCUCUGAAUGGUGGAAUAAGAUGGUGAAGGAGUUCCAUCUGAGGAACAAGUAUGUCAACUACACAAAGAGUCAGAUUCAAGAUAAAGAAGUGCAGCUAAAGAAAGACUAUAUGGUGCUGAAAGAAGCAAGGCAGCAGAGUGGGGCCAGCAAGAAUGAAGAUAAGAAUAUGGUUCAAGGAUCACCAUCUUUGUGGAAUAACCUCAAAACGUCAUACCCUAAGUUCAAGAAGUUCCGCAACAAUAAGGCAAGAUUCCACUAUUUUAUGCUUUGGGAGAACUUUAUGAUGUUUCAUUUUCAAGUAGCAGGGGAAAGUUUUGCUUUUACCAUCUUGACAGUUUGCAAAUGUAAGGCUAAAGUCAGAUGAGAUAUUUGACAAGUUUUUUAUAAAUUGUCCCUGGAUGGAAGUCAAGUAGGAUCGGUGAAUAGACAUGUCAAUAUCGUUUAUUCUACUUGGACCUAGUGUAUUUUGUUAUGUUACUUUCGGUAUAUAUCACUGGUAUGGAUUUACUGAGGACCUGGUGUAAAAAAUUUGUCAAUUUUUGUUUAUUAUGGUCAUGAUUUCGUUACUGCAGAAAUUAUUAUUAAGAGUCAGAUGCUAGUUUUGAAUAUCGAAGUCAUAUUGUGCUCAUACUGAACAUGUUAUGAAACUCGGCAGCACUGUAUCCCUGUUUUCA